AUGCGAUUUGCCAGUCUAAUCGUCUCAGCCUUCCUAGCCGUGUUGCCUUUUGCCACCACAGCACAAUGGAACGACUUCUAUGCCGAUGGAGGCCCGAGCAUCGCGACACCUGAAGAUGCAAAUCUCGAAUACGAAGUGUACUACGAAGGAGUCUUGAAUCGCCUAACUGGUUGUACCGUCAAGCGCGGGCGAUACAUGACCGAUGCAAUGAUUCAUGCGUCUACGAUGCUGGGUUUGGUGACCAAGCUUCGGGAAGGAAAACGCUCCGUCUCUUCCCACGAUGGCCGGAUGUUCGAUCUCGAAGGCUCAAGCAAAAUAACAUCAGAAGAGCUCCUUCAAUUAGAAGAAAGAUACUUUGGCAAGCUUUCAAAGGAGCGUCAGGAUACAAUCACCAUUGGCGACCAGAUUUUCGAAUGGUGCAAUGAGUAUGAGACCAACUGCGAAGUGUACGGCCGAGGCGCUUCCCAGACGUUGGCCGGGAUCAGCUCACGCCAGGCUUUGCAGAACGCUGACAAUUAUGCUUUUUAUGUUGCCGACGUCGCGCUUGCCUUCGCAGACGGCAUGAACGAGCUCGAACGAAGACGGCAAGGGGAGGUCGAAGCAAGUUGGCCUUCUUCCAUCGAGAGUACCGCGCGACCUGACAAGCUUUCCAACGACAUCAUUCCCUCUGAAAGAACCCAAACCGAGCCGGAUGUGACAACGCCGCGAGAAGAUGAACCACCAGCAUCCGCCGACGACACUACCAUCACGCAUCUGUCAGAUGAUAGCGAAAGUCUAACGGAUGUCUCUCAAACACAAUCUGACAAUGGCGGACUCACAGAUACACCUCGGGACGAUCAUCAGAAUCGUGUUGACGCCUUCACUGACGACACUGUUGCGCAUCUGCCAAGUUCCACAGACGUCUCUGGGACACAUUCUGACGAUGACGAACCCACAAACACACUUCCAAAUUCUCAACAGAAUCGCGUUGACCCCUUAAUUGGCGAGAGUAUGAAUGAGUACCCCGGCUACUUGAGAAGCAUUUUGAAUAGAUUCGGAGUUUUCCGCAAGAGAAAGUACGCAGAUGGACGUGGGAACGAUCGUAUCUCACAGGAAGCACCGGAUACCAGCUCAGAGGGUGUCCGGACAACCUCGAUGGCUGACGAGGUUGGGCGUGAGGAGCUGUAG